UGGUAAUGCUUGUGGUGUAUGUUUGAGUUACGUGUCCGUACUAGUAUAACGGCUAAGCUUAAUGCAGAAGCCCAUCCCUCUUCCAAAUACAUAUACACUGCCACUCUGCUAGUGAGAAACAUAUUAUUUGUUGAUAUGGAGAACAAACAAAUCAUUUUCAAGGGAUACAUUGACCGAGCUCCUCAGAUCACAGAUAUGGAAUUGAAAAUCACCAAUAUUAGUACUAGUGAACUGGUGGAAACAAUGGAAGAUGGUGCAGUGAUGGUUAAGAACCUGUAUUUGUCUUGUGAUCCAUACAUGCGUGGUCGUAUGCGCGAUUUCCAUGCCUCUUACAUUCCUCCUUUCCGGCCAGACUCGGUAAUGGAAGGAUUUGGCGUGUCGAGAGUUUUGCAUUCAAAAAACGAAGUUUUUAAGUGUGGUGAUGUUGUUACUGGGAUGACUGGUUGGGAAGAAUAUAGUGUGAUUCACAACACUGCGCAGCUGAGAAAGAUUGAGCAAGACCCUGAUAGCGGAAAUGAUCCCAUCCCUCUCUCGUAUUACGUGGGUCUUCUUGGCAUGCCAGGUUUUACAGCUUAUGCUGGUUUUUACGAGGUUUGUUCGCCCAAAACAGGGGACUCCGUAUACGUCUCUGCUGCUUCCGGGGCUGUUGGUCAGCUCGUUGGCCAGCUUGCUAAGCUCCAUGGAUGCUAUGUCGUCGGUAGUGCAGGAACAAGCCACAAAGUUGAUCUUCUGAAAAACAAGCUUGGCUACGACGAUGCUUUCAACUACAAAACAGAGCCCGAUCUCAAUGCAGCUUUAAGAAGGUACUUUCCGGGAGGCAUAGACAUCUACUUUGAGAAUGUUGGGGGACCGAUGCUUGAUGCCGUACUGCUCAACAUGGCGAUUCACGGUCGGAUCGCUGUGUGCGGAAUGGUGUCUCAACACGGCAUGUCCAGUUGGCAGGGGAUUCACAAUCUGCAAACUCUCAUCGCCAAACGAGUACGAAUGCAGGGGUUUCUCCAGAGCGACUACUUACAUCUAUUCCCACGCUUUCUGGAAGAUGUCGCCGCUUACUACAUGCAAGGAAAGAUUGUUUAUAUCGAAAACAUGAAUGAAGGUUUAGAAAGUGCUCCCGCUGCUUUUGUUGCCCUGUUUUCCGGGGGAAACGUAGGCAAGCAGAUUGUUUGUGUAGCUACUGAGUGAAAACUAGAU